CCCAGAACGAACCAAACACCACCAGACAGUCGUCAAAGUCGGCGUGUUUUUCACGUUCGAAUCUCCCACUCUCUCUCGAUGUUCUACCACUGUUUCUUCAUAAGUUUGUCUCCAAGCUCAUCGAAGUCCUAUGUAUUUCCAAACUUCCAUGGAGGGAAACUCUCCUUGGGAACCAUUCCUUGCUGAAGAUGGCGGAGACGAUGGGCUUCUCUUCAGAUCUGCUCAAUGCCUCAAGGUUUGCCUGAGCUGCAGCUUAAAGCUUCUUAUGGUAGCCAUCUUCCUCACAUGGGUCGUCUUCGUCUUCCUCCUUCCCACGGACUUCAUGGGAAAACUGCUCGCCAAAUGGAUUUCCAUGACCAACACCACUGUAUAUGGUUCAUCAGGGGUUCCUUUUCUCCUGUUCAGCGCCCCUGUUCUGGCUAUUGCGCUGCUGGGGGCUGCCUAUCUCGCCUUCUUUCCCACGGAGUACAAUGAGAGAAAGAAGAAGAGGCUGCCAUCUUUCCGGGUAUUAUGGACCCAUCCGGUCAUCGUAAAGGGGCCUCUUGGUGUGGUUUCUGCUGCAGAACUGAUCGGAAUUAUUGCAUUUGCAGCUUAUAUCCUUUGGGCACUGCCUGCUUAUAUGAUAAGAGACUAUACCUCUGGACCGUUUCUUGCUCCAAGUGGGACGGACCUUGUCCAUUUUGGCCGCUGCUUCAGUCGCCGUCUUGGAGCAGUUGGAUUCUUUUGCGUUGCGUUUCUUCUUAUACCCACAGCUAGAGGCUCCAUUCUUCUCCGCGUUUUAGACAUUCCAUUUGAACAUGCAAUCAGGUAUCACAAAUGGUUGGGACAUGUGACGUUGAUCCUCCUCACUUUGCAUGGCCUGGUUGUUAUCUUAAUAUGGAUCGCCCAGGGCACACUGCAAGCCAAGAUAAUUCUGUGGCAAACUGACGGUAUCGCCCAUUGUCCUGGGGCAGUAAGCCUUUUGGCUGGGCUGUUGAUGUGGUUAACUUCGCUUUCUCCAGUUAGAAGAAAGCGCUUCGAGCUCUUCUACUACACCCAUCAGCUCUAUGCAGUGUUCAUCAUUUUUGCUGCAUUGCAUGUUGGAAUUAAUCUGUUCUACAUUAUUGCUGGUUCUGUUUUCUUGUUUAUCAUGGAUCGGUUUCUGAGGUUCUGGCAGUCCAGGACUACUGUGGAUGUGCUUUCAGCAAAAUGCUUUCCAUGUGGAGCAGUAGAGUUGACUUUAUCAAAGCCCAAAAACAUGACAUACAAUCCUCUCAACUUUGUCUUCCUGCAAGUAAGGGAAGUGUCGUGGUUCCAGUGGCAUCCUUUUAGUGUUUCUUCUAGUUCACUAGAUGGCAGGUCGCAUUUAACUGUUCUAAUUAAAGUUGCCGGGAAGUGGACACAAAAAUUAAGAGAUGAAAUCUUGAAUGCUAGGAAUCAUGCUUCCGGAAUAAGGGCAGCAGUUGAGGGGCCAUAUGGGUAUAGGUCGCUAUACCAUCUCCAGUAUGAAAAUCUCAUAUUGGUAGCUGGGGGCAGUGGCAUUUCUCCCUUCUUUUCCAUUCUGAAAGACAUGCUGCAUGGAGCUAAGGAAGAAAAGUAUUGCCUUCCCAAGAAGAUUUUGUUGGUUUGGUCAGUGAAAAGAUCAGAGGACCUUUCUCUUCUUUCUGAAAUUAAUGUAACAUCGAUAUGUGCAUUCCCCCUCAAAGUUUUAGACAUAGAAAUUCAAGCAUAUGUAACAAGAGAAUCAGGAAAUCUACAGGAAGGUGGAAAUUGUAAUUCUGGAGGUGAGAUAGUGAGAUACAUUUUCAGCACCAGAGGCAGUAGCAUGUCCACUAUGGUUGGUUCAGGAAAUAUGAAAUGGUUGGGGAUCUACAUGUUCUUUUCGAUAUUUGGCUUUGUAGCACUUGAAGGUGUGGCAGAAUUAGUCUUAGGAAAGCUAAAUAUAUCAAACUCAUGGUUAAAUGGACUUCUGUGCAUCAUUUGCAUGCUUGCAAGCAUCAUUUUGUUUGGAGGGCCUGUGAUCAUGCUCUGGCGUCUGUGGGAAAGCAGCGGUUUGGAGUUUGUUGACGAUGAUGAGCAGCAAGAGGAUGUUGCAGGACUAAAUGGCUCCACUCAGUACGGCGAGGAUGCAUCAAAAGAUCUUCUUUCCUUGGCAUCUAUUCAUUAUGGCCGACGGCCUAACUACAAAGAAAUUUUCAGUUCUAUAUCAGAAAAGUGGGGGAACGUGGAUGUGGGGGUUGUUGUUUGCGGUCCACCAGGCCUCGAGGCCAGUGUUGCUGCACACUGCAAGAGCAUACGCAACCCAGUUUUCCACUUCCAUAGCUAUAGCUUUGAAUUUUAACUAUGUUCAUGUGCAGCAAUUACCAACUUCAUUGUUCGGUAAAACUCAAAUACGAGACCAUCAAGUUGGACUUGAACAAACUUCAUGCCCCUGCAAAGCAAGGAAGCAGCAAAAAUAAGAAAAAGACUGUACAUGGUCCUUUUCGUAGAAGGAAGGCAAUAACUAGUAAUAAAUUACCCUUCCGCAGAAGGAAGGAGAUAACUAGCAAUAAACUAAAGUAACGUGGCUAUUCAAAUGUGGCCAUGUGGAGGGCCGUGAGGUUCCCGAGCUUAUUAAAGUUGAAAAAAUUUCUAUGGGGAUAAGUUUAUUUAUUCAUUCUUCCUUUUUCAUUUACUUGUGCAGGGAUUAGACUGAAUAUUGUAAUGGUUACUUUCAUAAUUAAAAUGUUGUACUGCUCUUGUUUUCUUGUUCU